AUGAAUAUUUUGCUUCUGUCUUUACCAAGUUAGAAGAUGGUGACAAUGACCUGGUUGAAAACGCCGGUGCUGAGCAACUGAACUGUACAGAGAGAGAGAGAGAUAAAGAAGAGGUACUACUGGGAGCACUGCAGGUAGCGAAGUCUCCAGGCCUAGAGAGGAUGCAUCCCCAGGUUGCUGAGAGAGUUAAGGGAGUAAAUUAUGGAGCCGUUGACAGAAAUUUCCUCGGCUGAUCCGAGUACAGGAUUAAUCCUCGAAGACUGGAGAACUGUAAAUGUGAAACCGCAGUUUAAGAAAGGAACAACGGAUAACCCAGGGAACUACAGACCUGUCAGCCUGACAUCAAUCGUGGGAAAACUGAUGGGAGGCCAUCAGACAGGAGAAGUCAGCGCCAUGAGUGACAGCGUGUGACCAGAACCGGGGACGCUGACCGGCAUUUCGGGGACGGGGGAAGAGUUCAGAGACGAGGAGGUGGUGGGCACGGAGCACGUGGAGAGCAGACAGCAGGAAGGGAACAGCGCCCGAGCAGGAAGUUAAGGAGUCGCUCUCCAACACCCCCCGCCCCACCCCGCCCUGGUGACUCCCUCAGUCCAGGCCCGAGACCUGGCAGCAGUGAAUGGGACAGGGGUUUACCCCCAGGGUGAGGCACUAUGAUCUCCAGCAGCGGGUACCCCUGUGUCAUCCAGGAGUUUGAUUGCCUCUUGCCAGUGGACUCCAGCCACCCUUUCACUGCCAAGGAAUAUGCCCUCACCAACCUCAACGCGCUGCAUCUGCGCAGGGCCCCUCUCGCACGUUACGUGGAGGGUUUCAUCCUCUCCCCACCCGAGGGUGCUCAGGGCCCCCUCCCCCUGACAGUGGGCACCUGGGAGCACCCGGACAAAUGCCGCCCCGUUGACCGUCCGUGGCACCUGGACCCCAACAGCAAUGAGCCCGAGGGGCUGUGCCGGUCAGUGGGAGGUGCGCCCCCAGACUCCGGCUCCCCGUCCCCCCCGUCCACUCCAUCCCUGUCCUCCCUCACCUCGUCCUCCUCCACCUCCUCCUCUCCCUCCCCCUCGCCCCUCAGCAGCUGCCCAGAGUCCGACGCCAGCCCGGACACUGGCGUUGGCCGGUCUGUGCGGAGCAGCUCCAGGGGAACGGGGGGACGCCAGGGACCCCCUGCCGCUGACCGUGCUCCCGGACCUGAGCGCGGUAGGGAGCUCCCCUCCAAGGGUCCCCUCGCUCUCCGUCUGGACCUGAACCGCAAUCUGGGGGCAGACGGUGGCUUCCCCCCACCCCCUGCAGCUCGGCCCGGUAAAGAUGCCCCCCUCCGGUCCCCGCUCUCGCUCCCCCUCUCCUCUGGGGAGGGGCUCCAAGCCACUGUCACCAGGGGGCACCACCCAACGCUGGUGACCCUCUCCCCCUUCGAGGGCGAUACCAGGCCCUUCCCCAUGCCCCGGGUGCAUGGGCAGCACCUCAUGACCUUCGAUUCACCAACUGGCAUCGAGCCCAGCCCCGCAGAGCUCCGCCGGGAGGACGAGGCUCACUCCGCAGAGCUCCGCCGGGAGGACGAGCCCUGCCCUGAGGAGCUCCGCCAGGAAGACAAGGAUUACACUGAGGAGCUCUGUCAGGAGGUCAAAACACAGCCCAGAGAGUUCCUUCAGGGGCCUCAAGGCCGCACUGCAGGACCCAAAGACCACCCAGCAGUGCUCCAAUUAGGAGUCAGAGCACAGCUCCACCCGGGGACCAACGGCCAGGCCACAGAGCUCCGCCCAGGGACCAAAACCCAAGUUGCGGAGCUCCGCCCAAGUACCAAAUCCCAAGCUGCAGAGCUCUGCUCAGGGACCAAAGCCCAAGUGGUGGAGCUCCGCCCAAGUACCAAAUCACAAGCCACAGAGCUCCGCCCAGGGACAAAAGGCCAGGCCACAGAGCUCCGCUCGGGAACCGAAGCACAGGCUGCAGAUCUCCGCCCGGGGACCAAAAGCCAGGCCGCCGAUCUCCGCCCGGGGGCCAAAGCACAGGCCUCAGACCUCCGCCCGGGAACCAAAAGCCAGGCCGCCGAUCUCCGCCCGGGGGCCAAAAGCCAGGCCGCCGAUCACCGCCCGGGAACCAAAAGCCAGGCCGCAGAUCUCCGCACGGGGGCCAAAAGCCAGGCCGCAGACCUCCGCCUGGGGACCAAAAGCAAGGCCGCAGACCUCCGCCUGGGGACCAAAAGCAAGGCCGCAGAUCUCCGCCCGGGGACCAAAAGCCAGGCCGCAGAUCUCCGCCCCGGAACGAAAAGCCAAGUUGCAGAGCUCCGCCCGGGGACCAAAAGCCAGGCCGCGGACCUCUGCCCGGGGACCAAAAGCCAGGCCGCAGAUCUCCGCCUGGGGACCAAAAGCCAGGCCGCGGACCUCUGCCCGGCGACCAAAAGCCAGGCCGCGGACCUCUGCCCGGGGACCAAAAGCCAGGCCGCAGAUCUCCGCCUGGAGACCAAAAGCCAGGCCACAGAUCUCCGCCCGGGGACCAAAAGUCAGGCCUCAGAGCUCCGCCCGGGGACCAAAGCGCAGGCCUCAGAGCUCCGCGCGGGGACCAAAGGCCAGGCCGCAGACCUCCGCCCAGGGACCAAAGGCCAGGCCGCAGAGCUCCACCCGAGGACCAAAGGCCAGGCCGCAGAGCUCCGCCCAGGAACCAAAGCGCAGUCUGAUACCAGGAGCCCAAGGAACAUCACCUCUUUCCAUGAAUUGGCCCAGAAACGAAGACAGAGUACAGUUGGACAGUCAACAGUCAAAGUGAAAGAGGACAGGAGUGAUUGGUUAAUCACCUUCUCCCCCGAGAGCGAGAUGCCCAUGGCCACUGUUGGUCCAUGCCCGGAACCCGGGAGCCGGCACAAGGAAGUGACCACCUUCAGGGAACUCCGUUACAGAACCCACCUGGGCAGGUGGAACCUCCCGCCAGCUCCCAGUGAGGCGAGGCCUAGCUCCCCCAGACCCCAGACCAUGAGGAGCAGCAGGGAGCCAGGCCCAGGUCCCAGAGAGACAACACUGAGGCCAGACCCAGGUCAAAGGCCAGGAGAGCAGGAGACUGGAGGCCGGACAGAGAACACAGGAUCGAGAGCGGAUCCCCGGAGCUGGUCAGAGCAGGCGUUGGGGGUAUCGGACACCCAGCAUGAUGGAGGGGGAGCUGGAGAGACCGGCUCAGAGAGCAGUCAGUUCCUCAGACAACAGCAACCCCAGAAGGUAUUGGCCGGAGCAGGCCGAGGGAAGGAGCAAGCUGUGACGGGUGGAGGAACUAACCAAGGGCGAGGAAAGGCUGAUGGCCAAGACAAGAACAGGAAGGAAGGUAAGGGAGCUCGGGGAGCAGAGACCAAGCUGCUGCAAUAG